AUGGCGGCCGGAGUCGCAGCCUGGCUGCCCUUCGCGCGGGCUGCGGCCAUCGGGUGGAUGCCGGUGGCCAACUGCCCCAUGCCCCUAGCCCCGGCCGACAAGAACAAGCGGCAGGAUGAACUGAUCGUCCUCAACGUGAGCGGGCGGAGGUUCCAGACGUGGCGGACCACGCUGGAGCGCUACCCGGACACACUGCUGGGCAGCACGGAGAAGGAGUUCUUCUUCAACGAGGACACCAAGGAGUACUUCUUCGACCGGGACCCGGAAGUGUUCCGCUGCGUGCUCAACUUCUACCGCACCGGCAAACUGCACUACCCGCGCUACGAGUGCAUCUCCGCCUACGACGACGAGCUGGCUUUCUACGGCAUUCUGCCCGAGAUCAUCGGCGACUGCUGCUACGAGGAGUACAAGGACCGCAAGAGGGAGAACGCCGAGCGGCUCAUGGACGACAACGACUCGGAGAACAACCAGGAGUCCAUGCCCUCGCUCAGCUUCCGCCAGACCAUGUGGCGGGCCUUCGAGAACCCGCACACCAGCACGCUGGCCUUGGUCUUCUACUACGUGACUGGCUUCUUCAUCGCCGUCUCGGUCAUCACCAACGUGGUGGAGACCGUGCCGUGCGGCACCGCGCCCGGGAGCAAGGAGCUGCCGUGUGGCGAGCGCUACUCCGUGGCCUUCUUUUGCCUGGACACAGCGUGCGUCAUGAUCUUCACGGUGGAGUACCUGCUCCGGCUUUUCGCGGCGCCCAGCCGCUACCGCUUCAUCCGCAGCGUGAUGAGCAUCAUCGACGUCGUGGCCAUCAUGCCCUAUUACAUCGGCCUGGUCAUGACCAACAACGAGGACGUGUCGGGCGCCUUCGUCACGCUCCGGGUCUUCCGCGUCUUCAGGAUCUUCAAGUUCUCGCGGCACUCCCAGGGCCUGCGGAUCCUGGGCUACACCCUGAAGAGCUGUGCCUCGGAGCUCGGCUUCCUCCUCUUCUCCCUCACCAUGGCCAUCAUCAUCUUUGCCACUGUGAUGUUUUAUGCCGAGAAGGGCUCCUCCGCCAGCAAGUUCACAAGCAUCCCCGCCUCGUUUUGGUACACCAUCGUCACCAUGACCACGCUGGGAUAUGGAGACAUGGUGCCCAAGACGAUUGCAGGAAAGAUCUUCGGUUCCAUCUGCUCACUGAGCGGUGUCCUCGUCAUUGCCCUGCCGGUCCCUGUGAUCGUUUCCAACUUCAGCCGGAUUUACCACCAGAAUCAGAGAGCGGAUAAACGCAGGGCACAGAAGAAGGCCCGCCUUGCCAGGAUCCGUGUGGCCAAAACUGGCAGCUCCAACGCCUACCUGCACAGCAAGCGCAACGGACUUCUCAACGAAGCACUGGAACUGAUGGGCACCCCAGAAGAGGAGCACAUGGGCAAGACAACCUCACUCAUCGAGAGCCAGCACCAUCACCUGCUGCACUGCCUGGAAAAAACCACUGGGUUGUCCUAUCUUGUGGAUGAUCCCCUGUUAUCUGUACGAACCUCCACCAUCAAGAACCACGAGUUCAUAGAUGAGCAGAUGUUUGAGCAGAACUGCAUGGAGAGUUCAAUGCAGAACUACCCGUCCACACGGAGUCCUUCGUUGUCCAGCCACCCAGGCCUCACGACCACCUGCUGCUCCCGUCGUAGUAAGAAAACCACACACCUGCCCAAUUCCAACUUGCCGGCCACCCGCCUGCGCAGCAUGCAAGAGCUCAGCACGAUCCACAUCCAGGGCAGUGAGCAGCCCUCUCUCACUACCAGUCGUUCCAGCCUUAAUUUGAAAGCAGAUGACGGACUGAGACCAAACUGCAAAACAUCCCAGAUCACCACAGCCAUCAUCAGCAUCCCCACUCCCCCAGCACUAACCCCAGAAGGCGAAAGUCGGCCACCCCCUGCCAGCCCGGGCCCCAACACGAACAUUCCUUCCAUAGCCAGCAAUGUUGUCAAGGUCUCUGCCUUGUAA